GUGCCCAAUAGAAAAAAAAAUGAGUUAUCUUGAGAUCAGCCCGGAGGAGCGGCAGCACGUGGAUUAUUUAGCGGACCUCUUUGCCAUCGUCGUCGCGAUCGAGCACGUGGAGAAGGCGAAUCGGCGGGAUUGGAUCACGCAGGAGCAGUACGGCCUGACCGUCCGGCGGCUCUUAGAGAAGUACAAACACACCGUCAACUAUCUCGCCAAAGGCUGCAAUCCCCAUUUCACCAAUAUCGAGGACUUUAUGAAUACCUAUUGCGCGCUUUGCCCGGCGGCCCGCGCGACGAUCAAGGAAGGGCCCUUCAGCAGCCCGUCGGAGAACUCCGCGCGGUUUCUCGCGCGGCAGGCGCUGGAGUGCGGGCAGUAUUUUAUUACGUUGUUGGACGCCAUUCGCCUUCAGCAGACCGCCGUGGACGCGCUGAACCCCCUCCUGACGGAGCUCCUGCAGGGCCUCCGCAAGCUCGAGCUCAAGGACCACGACUUUUUCCUCCGCCUGGAGGGCUGGCAUGCGCGGUUGAACGGGAUGGGGGCCGCCGAUACCUUGGACGAGGUCAAGGCUAGGGAGCUCGCGUAUGAUCUCGAGCGAGGCUACAACUGCCUGCGGGCCUAUUUAGAUGAUGACGAAAAGGUGAAGGCCUAA